AUGAUGGAAUCCUUUGCACCUCUGCCAGAAGACUUGUUUGACGAUAACCUUCGUGACGACAACAACAACGCUUACCUUUCACUUGCCCAAUUUGAUGUCGGUCUUCAGCAACAAGCCCAGGCUGCACUUCAACAAGGUGCCUGGCAGGACUUUGACAAUUUCUUACCAGUAGACUACCACCCAAUGUUCCUAUCAAACCAACCCAUCACACCACCCUCAACACACAUUCCCUAUGGACCAGACUCCACAUUCAUCUACGACACAAAAAAGCAGCAACAGCAGCAGCAGUUACCCACAGACCUCAACACAACCAACACAACCAACACAACCAACACAACCAACACUUGGCCAGAACCAGUAAUAGUCAAGCAAGAACAGCACAGUCCAGAGACUGGCUUACUAGAUUGCCAACCUCAAUUCACAACCGUCUUCCCUGACUCCUCAUACUUUGACCCCUCACAACCCCUACUCGACUUUCUCCCACUCGACCCAACCGCAGACCUAUUCGCUCAACCGACAUUCAACCUUGGUGAUUCUGUUUUGGUUGGUAGAGAAAAGGUCCCAAUCCAAAGACUCAAAACCGCAAACAGUCCGUCCGGAAACACAACUCCAGUACUGCCAGGCGGUGGCCGUCAACUCAAAAAAACCGCCCACAACGCCAUAGAACGCAGAUACCGCAACAACAUCAACGACAGGAUCGCUGAACUCAAGAACGCCGUCCCUGCCCUCCUCCACGCAAAGCCAAAGGACACCCGCACCGGAAAACGAGCACAUCGGUCCAUCGAUGACGAUGACGAUGACGGCGAAGACAGCGAAGAGUUCCUUGACGGUGUAGCCGUGGCAACAAAACUCAACAAGGCCACCAUCCUCCGCAAGGCAACAGAGUACAUCCUCCACCUCAAGAAAUCAGGCGAAGACAUGAAGCGCGAAAACGCCACCCUCCAGCACAUCCUGGCCCAGAUGCAGGGAGGUCCGGAAGUCCUGGUCCGCUACCGUCAGCAAAAGAUGCAGAGAGAACAGGAAGCCUUGCACCAGCAAAUCGUCGACCGUCAGAUGCUCAAACAACAACAGCAGCAGCGAAAGGCCGCAAGUCGCAAGCGCUCUCGCCAGCAAUCAUCCGCAUUCGACACCCACGACGAAUACGAGUCCUCGGCAUCAUCCACAGGCUCAGACCCUCUUACCCCUCCCGCAAUCUCAAACCGUGUCUACAUGGCCGUCUUUAUGGCCCUCACCUUUUUCUCAACAUCUCCCCUCACAAGUGGUCCUAAUGCCAGCGAGCAGUACCAAAACCAUCAUCAUCGUUCACGUACAGCUGGUCUGGACCAACAACAACAACAACAACAACAAGACAUAAAUAUCGAAUCAACCUCAGCAAACUUCUUUGUAGCCGAUUUCUGGCCCACAGAUCUCUGGUCUGUCUUGCGCACAACUGUCUUUGUCAUCUGCCUUGUGCAACUCCUGAUGCCAAUCUUAAAAGCCACAUUCUCCCCCUCGUUCAAACUUCGUCGUGUACCAUCCGCCACCAACAGAUCCCGCAGAGCUGCCCGUCAGCGUUCAUCCGUAGCAACAAAUAACAACACCGCAGGCCAAAUCAGAGUUGUCCAGAUCCACGACAUGCUCAUCCGCUCUCUCGAAGAGACCAACGACAGCCCUCCCCAGUCAACCCUUGGCCUUGUGCUUGGUUUCUCAAAAGAACUCACUCGUCUCGUAUUCCGCCAUGCGUUUGGCUACGAAAUCUUCUAUACUCCCCAGCCAUUGGUCCAAGAAUGGUCUAGUCUGCUGCGUUGGAUAAAACUCAACGAGGUGCUCUGCCUGGGCGGAAAUCCAGGCUGUGGGUCUCUUAUGAUGCUCUACAGCUGUCUGCGCAUGGUCAACCAGAUGGAUGUAUUCGAAGACGAAGACGAAGAAGACGAGGACGAAGGCAGCGGUGGAAUCUCUGCUGCUGAUCUACAGGCCUCGCGCGCACGGGUCUAUUGCACUGCCGCCAUGCAGAUGUCUCUGCUGGUCCCCAAGCAAUCCCUGGCCCGCACCUUGUCCAACCACUUUUAUAGCCUAGCUCUUGAAGAGUCCGACCAGACCACUGCACCAAUGUGGGUCAAGGCGCUUGCUGACUGGGAAGACGAAGAUGAAGAAAUCCAGGACACCCGGGCCUGGUCAGAGACCCUGACGGUGCUGUCGACCCAGCGCAACCCUACAUCAAACACUCUCUCGCUGUCUCUUACUGCUCCUGUGCUGGUUCCUGUCGUGCUCUUGUCCACUCUGCACAUGCUCGAUGCCCUGCAGUCCCAGUUCCACCGACUGGCAGUUGUGAUGACUGCAUCUGAAGUCAGAGAAGAAGAUUCCCAGAUCUUUGCCGAUUUCCUUGAUCUUACUGCCGAAAACAACAACAGUAGCAAACAGCAGCCACACGACAGAGACGAUCAGCUGCGUAUUGUCCAAUGGUUGGCUGCAGUUGGUGGAACCGUAGAGGCUUUGUGGAGCACAAAUGAAAAGACUCGCAAGGCUGAUAUUGAACAUGCCUAUUCUCUGCUCAGCACCCUUAUAGUCCGCCAGAUCCCCCGUGCAGUCACUGCCGAGAGCAAUCUGGAGUCCAAGACACGGGCUAACGAGAUUGACGAGAUCAUGAAGAGCGCGAUCUGCCACACUCUCUCGGGUGCGAUCAUGAUCAAGAACCAACAGAUUGAAGCCGGCCAUUCUGAGCUUGUGAAGGGUGAACGGCUUCGGGCAUCUGCCAGAAAGCUCGUCCGACACACCAAGGAAGCCAAGCGCAACGGAGGCCGUAGCAAACAAGAAGAAUAUAGCAAUACGAACGCUAAGAAUGCCAAGGAUAAUGUUGGUGCUGUUGGUGGUGGUAGUGGUGGAUCGGUGUCAAUUGAACAUUCUGCUCUGGUCGUAGCUGACUUUGUUGUUGCCCUGGUUGGACUCGAGGCAUGGAUCAAGGUGUGGAAGACUGGUGAAAAGGAAGAUGCGGGCGAACAGGUCCGUGACCUUACACUUGUCCUUCGCCGAAUGAUCAGCCAGCCAUCUCUCAAGCUGCUGCAGUCAAACCAGAGUUUGAUUAUUCGUCUCAGUCGUUUAAACCGUUAUGUUGCACACCCCUCUGAUGAAACCGACUCAGCAUGCGAUAUGUCAGAUCUUGAGGAAGAAGAAGAGGAAGAGGAAGAGGAGUCUGAGCUUUCUUCAGAGGGAGAAGUUUCCAAACGAGCUGACAGAGCACUCGAUAUUUUGCAUGGUCCAGUAUAAAUCAAAUUGACUACCCCCCCCCCCUUUUAUAUUAUUACUAUUACUAUUACUAUUACUAUUACUAUUACUAUUAUUAUUAUUAUUAUUAUUUCCCCUCACAUAUACAUAUAUAUAUAUAUAUAUAUACACCUUCUCUCACUCACUCACUCACUCACUCAUAUAUAUAUAUAUAUAUAUAUAUGCGUGUCUUUUUAUUUCCUUUUUUGUUUUUUGCUAUUAUUUCCCCCCCUUUUUUUUACAUUAUUCACAAGCUCCAUUUUACACAUCAACCAAUCCUUUAAUAUAUAUAUAUAUAUAUAUAUAUAAAAUACACAUACACACCUCAUACACACCACAUACAUACAAACAUAUAUUACAUAUACACGCACACAAAACACAAUAUAUAAAUAUAUAAUAUCCACUCAAAC